AUGCCACGCUUAGACAGGCUGAGCAAUAUCCAGGACGAUGUUGAAUGCUACUGCCUAGACCUUCGCGUCUAUCCCGAAGUAUCCCAGUGUCCAUCAUCGCCAAUCCUCACCGUAGAAUCGGCACAAAACCUCGCACAACAACUGGAUAUUCCACUGCAAGCUCUUGACCACGAAGCCUCAGCCAGAAGCGGCAUACAGACAAUCUUGGGUAGCGGCAAUGCGCUGUCAAAGAAACAGAUCGUGUGCGGUAAGGGGGAUGCAGUGCAGCGAGAGUUUCCCAGUGCGUUCGAACAGCCCCACGACCCAGAGGCCCAUGAAAAGUUCGUCGACCGUGUUGGAUCUUCCUCAAUACUCUUGCUCUUGCUGGUGGUUCUUGGAAAUAUUGUGUGGAAAAGAUUUGGCCGGAGGAGACGGUGGUAUAGACUACUGAGCCAAAGAGAACUCAGCAGGGGUAACGACGAAGCAUCUAAGGAAGAGAAACCUCUGCACGAGAACGAAGGAAAUGGUACGGGCUGGGGUAAGACAUCGUGA